AUGACCAUGGUCAUAUUAACCAGCCUUUUGUAUGAAAACAAAUCCAUGCCAUCGGAUAAUAUGUUGAGUGCUCUGUUUGUCUCAAUCCAUUGCAUCCUAUGGUCUAUAUGUGUGGCGUAUGUAAUAUACACGUGUGGGACGGGUGGGGCACCGGUGCUCAACGGUACACUCUCGUGGAAGGGAUGGCUACCUAUUAGUAAACUGACUUACCAGGCUUAUCUCAUUCAUUUACCUUUAUUGGAGUACAUAUCCGGAAUUCACACUUAA